AUGCAGAAGCAGCAGCAGCACACGGAGCGGUGGGGCGAUCUCCUGGACGACGAUGGCGGCGACUUCGACCUCGGCGUGCUCCUCCCGCCGCCGGUCGUCGUCGGGCCCGACGCCAACGGCAUGAAGAAGGUGAUCGAGUACCACAUCGACGAGGAGGGCAACAAGGUCAAGGUCACCACCACCACGCGCGUCCGCAAGGUGCGCCGGUCUAGGAGGGCCAUCGAGCGCCGCUCGUGGCCCAAGUUUGGCGACGCCGCUAAGGAGGCCGCCGGAUCGCGGCUUACCAUGGUCUCCACCGAAGAGAUCUUCUUCGAUCGCACACGUGCAUCAGGAAACAACGGCGAUGGAGCAGGGCCAUCUAGUUCCGCUGAUUCACUGGCCAAGGGAAACGAUAAACCAGGAGGAGGCCUUCUCAUGGUUUGCAGAACCUGCGGGAAGAAGGGUGACCACUGGACCUCAAAGUGCCCCUACAAGGAUCUUGCUCCACAGCAGGGCGAAAGCUCUGGCGACAGGCCUCCUAGCGCCGAUGACUCUGGCGGCGCAGCUGGCAAGGGUGGAAGUGGAGCAUAUGUUCCUGUGUUCAAGAGGCUGGGUGGCGACAUAAGUGGAGCGGAUGUGAUGAGGCGCAGGAACGACGAGAACUCGGUCCGCGUGAGCAACCUCUCAGAGGACGCCCACGACCCUGACCUCGCAGAGCUGUUCGGCCAGUUUGGCCAGCUUAGCCGCGUCUAUGUGGCGAUAGACAGGGUGACUGGAGAGAGCAGGGGGUUUGGCUUCGUCAACUUUGUUCAUAGGGAGGAUGGAGAGAGGGCUAUCAAGAAGCUCAAUGGAUACGGCUACGACAACCUUAUCUUGCACGUCGAAUGGGCAGCACCAAGGCCCAACUAG